UCUUCCUCCCCCAAUCUUUUAAAUAGUGAUGAAGGCGCUGUCGUCGAUCUCCUGACCCACAAUCGCGUCCACGUUCGAGGCGACCCUCCACCAUCCAAUCUGCUGGAAGGUAUAGUCGGAGUAGAACACUGGCGGGGCCCAGGAAAAGCCAGGAGGAAAAGGUCCGGAGCUCCACGAAGGUGCUCCCAGAGGAACAACACAACAGACGUAUCCAUCUGCACAUAGGUGCAAGCAACGUCGGCAAAAAUGCCAAGAACCGUGUCGGACGGAGGCGAGGACUUUGACGGCGACGUCUCCAGCCAGACGGGGUCGCACCGUCACACAGACAGCAACAGCACCCACCACCACCAUGGCUACAAGGUCGGGUUCCCGCCGGCGAGGGGCCUCUUCGCGGAGUUCGCCGACGGGGUGAAGGAGACGUUCUUCGCCGACGACCCGCUGCGGGAGUACAAAGACCAGUCGAGGUCCAAGAAGCUAUGGCUCAGCCUGGUGCACCUCUUCCCGGUGCUGGACUGGGCCAGGAGCUACAAAUUCAGCAUGUUCAAGGGGGACUUCAUCGCCGGCCUCACCAUCGCCAGCCUCUGCAUACCUCAGGACAUCGGUUAUGCCAAGCUUGCUUUCCUGCCGGCACAUGUUGGACUGUAUAGUAGCUUCGUUCCGCCUUUGGUAUACGCUAUGAUGGGCAGUUCCAGGGAUAUAGCCAUCGGUCCGGUGGCCGUCGUGUCCCUGUUGCUUGGAACUCUCCUCCAGGAAGAGAUCGAUCCAGUCAAGAGUCCAUAUGAGUACAGCCGGCUGGCCUUCACCGCAACAUUCUUCGCGGGGAUCACUCAGGCGAUGCUUGGAUUCUUCAGGCUAGGGUUUAUCAUAGAGUUCUUGUCUCAUGCAGCCAUCGUUGGUUUCAUGGCGGGUGCUGCCGUAACCAUUGCCCUUCAGCAGCUCAAAGGCUUCCUUGGCAUCAAAAAAUUCACAAAGAAGUCCGAUAUCAUCUCGGUCAUGGAGUCAGUAUGGGGAAAUGUACACCAUGGGUGGAACUAUCAGACGAUAUUGAUUGGCGCAUCCUUCUUGGCGUUUCUUCUAACAACCAAAUACAUUGCCAAGAAGAAUAAGAAGCUCUUCUGGGUUUCUGCAAUCGCUCCGCUCAUUUCAGUGGUCAUAUCCACCUUCUGUGUGUACAUCACCCGGGCAGACAAGCAGGGCGUUGCAAUUGUCAAGGAUAUAAAGCAAGGCAUCAAUCCACCUUCAUUUCAUCUCAUAUAUUGGUCUGGCCCAUACUUGGCGAAAGGAUUCAGAAUUGGUGUAGUAGCUGGAAUGGUUGCCCUUACGGAAGCAAUCGCAAUUGGAAGAACAUUUGCUGCCAUGAAGGACUACCAAAUAGAUGGGAACAAAGAAAUGGUGGCUCUAGGAACCAUGAACAUUGUUGGUUCAAUGACUUCGUGCUACGUAGCCACAGGAUCUUUCUCACGAUCAGCGGUCAAUUACGUGGCUGGCUGCAAAACAGCAGUAUCCAAUGUUGUUAUGGCAAUUGUAGUGAUGCUCACACUGUUGUUGAUCACUCCAUUGUUCAAGUACACGCCCAAUGCCAUCCUAGCUUCUAUCAUCAUAAAUGCAGUGGUUAGCCUAGUUGACUAUGAGACAGCCUACCUUAUAUGGAAGGUUGAUAAAAUGGACUUCGUGGCAUUGCUAGGAGCAUUCUUUGGGGUCGUAUUUGCAUCAGUGGAGUAUGGCUUGCUCAUUGCGGUUGCAAUAUCUCUUGGAAAAAUUCUACUCCAAGUAACACGACCGAGAACAGCUUUACUCGGUAACCUUCCAAGAACAACGAUCUACAGGAACGUUGAACAAUACCCAGAAGCUGCCAAGGUGCCCGGGGUUAUGAUUGUCAGAGUGGACUCAGCCAUCUACUUCACAAACUCCAAUUAUGUUAAAGAGAGAAUCCUGAGAUGGCUGAGGGACGAGGAGGACCAACAACAGGAACAGAAGCUGUCCAAAACAGAAUUUCUCAUUGUUGAGCUAUCUCCGGUAACUGAUAUCGACACGAGUGGAAUCCAUGCCUUGGAAGAGUUGCUGAAAGCACUUGAAAAGCGCAAAAUUCAGCUGAUCCUCGCCAAUCCCGGGCCAGCAGUGAUCCAGAAGCUGCGGUCAGCGAAAUUCACGGAGCUCAUCGGCGACGAUAAGAUAUUCCUGUCGGUCGGCGAUGCGGUGAAGAAAUUUGCUCCAAAGUCAGCCCUGAACGUCUGAAGAAGGCGCGUCGAGCGAAGCAUUGUACAGGCGAUGCAAAGAGAUGUGUUGGUGUGAUUUUUAUAGAACAAGGAGCACAGAGGUACACGCCAUAGUUCGUGCAAAGGUAAAUAAUGGAGGUGUGUGGAGUUGGAGCGCAUCAGGUUUGCAAGGUGUGGUUGGUGAGAAAGGGGGAGAUGGUGGCCUAGUUCUAGUUGGACAUCUGCAUCAGUGUGCCGUGGUUGUGGUGUGUGUUGGCGAGCAGUUGGAUGGAGGUUUAUCAUGAUCCAUCUUUGGGGGUUUUUUUCCUCUCCAGUUUUUGGAUCUGUAUCACUGUAUCUUGUUAGUGUUUGUACUUCAAGGCUUUAUAAAGAGGUUUUGCAUUUGGCUGA